UACAACAGUGUAGACACUAUUAGUAAUCAGUAUAAUUAGUAUAUUUAUAUGUAGGCCUACGCAAGAUUUAUAGUAGAACUGCAAAAACUGUUAUCUUACUUAAGGCUGCCAGUUAGUAAAAGGUAAAUCAAUUAAUUCAAAUUUGCAGUUGAUAUUUGACAGAUUUUACUGCAGCCUACAGCAAUUUUAUAAAACUAUACAUUUAGUAAGGCUAACACUUACCAAAAUUGUUCUAUUACUUCUUUUCAACUAAAAAAUAAGUAUACUUUCAGUCUACAUUUUAUAUACUUCUCAAAAAUAUACUUUAUGUACCUCUCAGAAAUAUACUUAAAAUUACAUUAGGUAUAGGCCCUACUUGAUUUAUACUGAGAGAAAAGUCCAAGUAUAUUUGGCCUGCACUUGUACGCAAUCUUUUGAUCAAGAUACUUAAAAGUAGUAUUCAAAGCUUGGCUGGUAGUGGGUUAACUCUUUUGAUCGAGUUGCCUAUUUUAUAUAUUUAUAUAUGUUAACGAAAAACUAUGUUAAAAAAUUAUAUAUAUAUAUAUAUAAUUUUUUUACAUAGUUUUUCGUAUACAGUCUUAUAAUUUCUAUAAUUAUAUAUAUUUUAUAAUUAUAACUUAUAACGUAUGAAAAUAUUGAUUAAAAUAUUGAUAUAAAACUGUCACAGUGUCUGGUUUGUGUUUCCCCGGGUGUCCACUAGAGGUCUCUUCCCCAUACUGUCACCAUUCACUCUGGAACUGCAUUCCCCACAAUCCUUGUCUGUACCAAUCACUGUUCAUUGCACUCAGCUGUUCCCCGUCAUCUUUGUACCCAGCUGUUCCCUGUUAUUCAUUGUUAGUAUCUGUGUAUUUAUACCCUGUCUGUUCAGUCAUUGUCACGGAGUCCUUGUUAUAUGUCACACCACUUCUGAGUUCUGUUUCUAGCUUGUUUUAGUUCUUGUGUUUGGUUUGAUUAUUUGGAUUUUGACCCCUGCCUGGAAGACUACGAUUUUGGAUUACCCCAUUAAAAACUACUGCUAUUGGAUUACUGUUUCCUGUGUGUGUUAUGUGACAAAAACAGAUAAUUUUCUAAUUCUGCGUUUCUGAAUUUCUGUGUAGGCUAGUCCAUUGCUAGUGUACAUAGGAAUUUACUUUAAUUCUACUUUAAUCUUUCCUGCCAUUGACUAAAUUUUCCAGACGUUUAUCCACACGUACGUUAUCCAGACGUUUAUCCACACGUUUAUCCACACGUACGUUAUCCAGAUGUUGAUCCACACGUACGUUAUCCAGACGUUUAUCCACACGUUUACCCACGCGUACGUUAUUCAGACGCAAAGUAAAUACAAACCUUUUUCAGCUACGUCGUCGCCACGCCGCCGCGGACUUUGAGCGCAGCUCCAACACGUGACCGUGACGUGUGACGUCUCAAAUCUUACAUCUGACGCCUGAAUACUAUGGGAUUUUGGCCAGACGGCUCGCGAGCGUAUACACGUUAGUUCACCUCUCAGUUUGCUUAGCGAUCGCCAAAAAGUGCAUAAAUCACACCUCAUACCCUUCGAUUGUCUCGCCGCUAAAAUACGGGAGUCGACGUCGUCAUUUCGACCAAAAUAGGGGACGUCACGGUCAAUACGGUACAGUUGGCAACAUGUGCAAACAUAUUAGGUCAUCUGGGUAUUCUUUGCGUACGGAAAUUUCAAAUAGGCUACUAUGCAAAUGUACAUGCAUAAAUUGUGCACUGGGUGCUUGUAAAGUGUGCACUGCAACACAGAAACCCACGCCUCGUGUCACUCGCAUUUCUAUUGGCUACAGCAGAGUUGUAAGUAGGGCGCAUUCAGGUAAUAUAAAGGCAGCGUCCCUACCUUUUCUAAACAUGUCUGAUCUCGAGCCGAUAAGCACGUUAUCCAGAGUAUUAUGUUGACUUUUCCUAUUAAAUCUUUGCUCAUCUAAAAGUGAACCGUUUUCAUUCCAGAUGCGUUGCAUUGAAUUGGAACGCGCGUAAUUACUCCACAUCUUUAAAUAAAUUUGGUCAGAGCCAUUGAACAGCUCAAAGGAUGUCUCUGAUGGUUCAGGAGCAACAGACGGUGCGCUUUGUGUUUUUGGGAGCCGCAGGGGUCGGGAAAACCGCCCUGAUCACCCGCUUCUUGCAGGAUCGCUUCGACUCUAAAUACACGCGCACCGUGGAGGAGCUUCACGCGCUCGAGUACGACUCUGACGGUGAGAGGAUGCGCAUUGAGAUCUUGGACACGAGCGGUAGUUAUGCCUUUCCAGCGAUGCGCGCUCUGUGCAUCCGCACUGGGGACGCGUUUGCGCUUGUGUACGCAGCCGACGAACCGAACUCCCUGGAUGAGGUCCAGCGACUCCGUGAGGAGAUUCUGGAGGUAAAAGGGGAGAAGUUUACAGGCAUCACGGUGAUAGAAAAUAAAGCGGACCUGAGCAGCCGGUGUCGCCAGGCCACUGCACAAGCGAUGCGGACGGUGGAGGAGGAUUGGGGCGCGGGGUUCGUGGAGACGUCCGCGUGCACCGGCGACAAUGUUACUGGGGUAUUUCGGGACUUGCUUCAACACCUGAAGUUACCGAGCCACGUCAGCCCGGCACUUCGUAGACGGAGGCAAACAAUGACAAGAGAAAGCGCAGGGGCGCGGAAAAAGCCUCCUAUGAAGAAAAACAAUAGCUGCAUCUUGUCUUAAUGGUAUUUUGAGUUACAUUACUUUAUAGCUGUGCAUCAUAGUGAUGCUUGACGGACUUGGAUCAAUCUAUGGACUCCAUGUAUAAAUCAAAUCUUGGACAUUGACAAAGUAGGCUAUUGUCUCAAUGGCUCUGAUGCUUUAUUGUAAUCAUUUAUUUGGUUCCUUUGCAUAUUCAUUGUUUGAUCUCUCUAAGUGAGAGCAAGAAAGACACUAAGUAUAUCAGAUGAAUAAUGCUGCAGAAAUGGUGGUCCUUUUUAUGACUGAAUAAAUGGAAUUUAUGUU